GGCAGCCUUUGACAGUUGGUGAAGUGUUGUUGAAAUAUUUUUCUUGGGGAUUCCGCACAAGGAAAGGGCUCUGCUCGUGAACUGACGUGUUUGCAGACUGAUAUCAUGGAGCAAUCGUUCGGUCAGCAUAUGCCUCCACCGCCGUUGAAUGGCAACUAUCAGCAAAACCUUUCUGCAAACAUGGCUGGAAUGAAUUUGAACAACUCUCAGAAAAGCAUCCCGACACAGGCAAUGCCCCCACCACCAACACAGUUCUCUCCUGCCAACGGCCAACACAUCGGAGACGUUCGAUCUCUAAAUAACAACACACCAUUGAAUAAUAAUUUGAUGUACAGUCGACUGACAAACGGCCCACCACCUCAAGCGGGUAUCCAGCAGCCGUUUAGUGGUGCGAUGGCACCAUUGCAAGCAGGAGGAUUUCAUCAACAGGCGAAUGAUCCACAAACUCUACCGGCACCCCAUAUGCCUACUCCAAUAAGUGGAGCAAAUGCUUUGACUUCAGGAGCUAUGCAAUCAGUGAAUCAGAUGGCUCCAAAUACACAGCAUCAACAGAUGCAUGGUUCGCUAUCGAAACCACAAGGACCGACGCAAGCAAAUCAAAUGCCGCCGACCAGUUUCCCCAGCCACAUCCCACAAUUAGCUCAGCAAACAAGUCAGAAUUUAUUGCCGCCAUCAUCACGAUCAUCGCAAGGUGGUACUCAACCGAUAAACUCACAACAACGAUAUCAACCCCAACCAGGCUCGCACACACUUCCUCAGCCUGGAAUGCCUCCGCAACCUGGAAUGCCUCCACCACCAGGAUUACCUCCCCAGCCUGGAAUGCCUACACAACCGGGAAUGGCGCCACAGAUGCCAACACUAUCAAACGUACCUACGCAAAGUAGUAUUGCUCCACAUAUUGGAAUGCCUCAUCCAACGGGGAUAUCGGCACAACCAGGAGCACCUCAAGCUGGUAUGCCAUCACGACCAGGGGUACAACAAGCAAGUUUUCCAUCUCAACCAGGGAUACCACAAAUUCCGAGUAUGCCUCCGCAAGCAACUAUGGUUACUCAAUCAGGAAUUCCACCCCAAAUGGGAGGCAUGCCUCCUCUUCAUCCUGGUUAUAAUCAGCCCGGCUCAUACCAGCAACAAACAGGAUUACCACCACAACCAGGAAUGCCGCCGCAAGCUCCCGGACGAGGAAUGGGGCCUCAAUCUGGACCUUAUAACGCUAUGGGUGGACAGUAUCCACAAACGGCUGCACCACAACGCCGUUUAGAUCCGGAUCAAAUGCCAAAUCCAAUUCAAGUCAUGGUUGAAAAUCAAAGGAACUGCAGCGGGACUUUCGUAACAAAUCAGCCAGGUCUGGUACCCCCACUCGUUACAACAAAAUUUAUCACACAAGAGGAAGGAAAUUCAAAUCCGCGCUAUUUACGAUCAUCACUGUACAGCAUACCAUCGACUGCGGACAUGCUUAAACAAACUGCUGUGCCAUUCACAUUUAUUGUGUCUCCAUUGGCCAAAACGGUAGAAGGAGAAUUGAUUCCGCCGAUUGUGGAUUUUGGCGAAAUCGGCCCAGUACGUUGCAUUCGCUGCAAAGCCUACAUUUCUCCAAAUAUGCAGUUUAUUGAUGGGGGUAGACGUUUCCAAUGCUUAUUAUGCAAGGCAACCACGGAAGUUCCUAGCGAAUAUUUCCAGCAUUUGGAUCAUAGUGGCCAACGAAUAGAUAAAUAUGAACGGCCCGAAUUAGUCUUGGGAACUUACGAGUUCGUGGCAACGAAAGAUUAUUGCAGAGAAAAUACACCACCAAAUCCACCAGCAUUUAUAUUUGUAAUAGAUGUCUCAUAUAACAAUAUUAAAAAUGGAUUGGUGCACUUGCUUUGUCGUGAGAUUCGAAAUAUUAUUAAGCAUUUACCAAUCGAUAAUGGCCAGGAGAAAAGUCGAAUGAAGGUCGGAUUCAUUACUUUUAAUAACACCGUUCAUUUCUACAAUAUCAAAAGCAGCCUUGCGCAACCUCAGAUGAUGGUGGUGGGAGACACACACGAAAUGUUCAUGCCACUUCUAGACGGAUUUUUAUGCGAUCCCGAAGAAUCAGCUCAAGUUAUCGAUGCACUGAUGGAGCAAAUUCCUCUGAUGUUCGCUGAUACCCGCGAAACAGAAACCAUCCUUUUGCCUGCAAUGCAAGCCGGUCUUGAAGCGUUGAAGGCGUCAUCCUGUACAGGAAAAUUAUUUGUCUUCAAUUCGUCGCUACCUAUUGCUGAGGCUCCUGGGAAAUUAAGGAACCGUGAUGACCGGAAACUAUUAGGAACAGAAAAAGAGAAGGUCGUACUCACACCACAAAAUCAGGCUUACAAUAAUUUAGGGCAGGAUUGCGUUCAAGCUGGAUGCUCUGUAGAUUUAUUUGUUUUCAAUAAUUCAUAUGUAGACUUAGCUACAGUAGCACAAGUUUGCCGGUUGACUGGCGGUGAAGUGUACAAGUACACAUAUUUCCAAGCGGACGUAGAUGGAAAACGACUUAUUACAGAUAUAAUCAAAGAUGUUUCGCGACCAAUAGCAUUCGAUGCAGUAAUGCGAGUGAGAACAUCGACUGGAGUAAGACCUACCGACUUUUAUGGUCACUUUUUCAUGUCGAACACCACUGAUAUGGAGCUUGCAAGCAUUGACAGCGACAAAUCGAUUGCAAUUGAGAUCAAACACGAUGACAAGCUCCCACCAGAGGAAAACGUCUAUGUUCAGGUUGCAUUGCUUUACACGUCGUGCAGUGGGCAACGCCGAUUACGUAUUUUGAAUCAAGCUCUGAGAACGACGACACAAAUGGCAGAUGUAUUCAAAAGUUGUGAUCUAGAUGCCGCUAUAUUAUUCUUUGCAAAGCAAUCAAUGUUUAAACUAAUGGAGUUGAAUCCGAAGGCGGUGAAGGACAAUCUUAUACAUCGUUCCGCUCAACUACUAGCGUGUUAUCGGAAAAACUGUACUUCACCUACAUCAGCCGGGCAAUUGAUUUUACCUGAGUGCAUGAAACUUCUGCCACUUUACGUUUCUUGUUUGAUGAAAAAUGACGCGCUAGCUGGAGGCUCGGAUAUGACAUGCGACGAUCGUUCUUAUGCAAUGCAGUUUGUUUUAUCGAUGGAUUUGUCAAUUUCAGUUUCAUAUUUCUACCCAAGAUUAAUUCCUAUCCACGAUAUAGAUGUAAACGAUACGGAACUGCCACUGCCAGUUCGAUGCACAUAUGAGAAGAUGAGCGAAAAUGGCGCAUAUAUUCUAGAAAAUGGGAUACACAUGUUUAUCUGGUUGGGUUUGAAUUUGUCCCCGGAAUUCGUACAGCCAGUAUUUGGCGUGCAGUGUGCUCAACAGAUUGACACUGAUAAGCUUGGUUUGCCCGUUUUCGAGAAUCCACUAUCGAAUAGAUUAAGGCAAAUUGUUGAUAAACUACAGAACGAACGGACAAGAUGCAUGCGGGUAACUUUAAUACGACAACGCGAUAAACUGGAAAGUGUGUUCAGGCACUUUUUGGUUGAGGAUCGAGGAAGCGAUGGAUCACCAAGCUAUGUUGAUUUCUUAUGCCAUAUGCACAAGGAGAUUAAAGAACUUUUAAGCUAGCUGGGUUCUCUGGAAGGAGGUAAAAAAGAGAUGCACUACACGCGAAGUAUUUCGCAGAAUCGAGCGAGAGCGUUACGGUAUAAAAGAGAAUUGCUUGGCAGACGGUAGAUUUUAUUUAAUAUUUCAUACUAUAUAAAAUGAUAAAAGCAAAUAAACAUUAAUAAGUGUAUCGAUUUAUUAUUUUCACUAGAAGUGAGAAAUGGGCGCGAAUUUAGUUUGGUAUUUUAUGUUCACUUAUGAAUUUGGCACGUCGUUUAUGGACUGGAGAUAAAGUUCCCUUAAGUUGUACAUACAUUUCUAAACUUGGGUUGGUGGACAUAAAGGACGUAAUUUUUAUGACAUUGGAUAGCAGUAAGAUGGGUGAUCUGUUCACCGCUAUUCCAUUAUGAAAAGCUCUGUAAAACUAAGGAGUAAAUAAAAUUUAUAUGAGAA